GGUGGUCGGAGGUAUUCCAGUCAUGGAGAGAUCCCAGUGACUAGGAACUGGAGCCUCCUCCAACAGCCUCCAGUUCCCCCACCGUACAGCCUGGCACAGUGCAUCGGAAGUCUCCUGACAGUGCCUGAGUGUGACCCCAUCCCUGGGCAGUACCCUGAUGCCCAAGUCAGAGUGGAAACACAGUAGUUUGCAGGUCAAGAUACAUCUGGUGUCUUGUUUUUUUUUUUUUUCAAUAAAGUAACAAAACACGGAGGGAAAACUUAAGAGAGAAAGAUCUGUGUUGGCUCAGAGUUUCAGAGAUUUCAGUCUGCCUGUCCAGAAAGGCCUGGCAGAACUGGGUAACUCCCUUUACAUAGCCAGAAAUCACAGAAGGAACACCUGGGCUGUUGGACUUUCCUCUCCAUCUAUCCUAUUACACUGCCAACCUAUGGGUGUCAUUCUGGUUCUUAGUAGGUCUUCUCCUUUUAGGUAACUUUCUAUAAAUUCCCCCAGAGUUGAGUUUUAUACUCUCCUAGGUGCUCAGUCCAAUCAAGUUGAGAAUCAGGAUCAACUGUCACACCUGGGCUCCAGUUCCAAACCUCACAUUUAAGACCUCUGCUCCCUUGGUUGUAUUGCCUAACCUGGCCUUCCUGGCUGAAGAAUGGAGAGACUGGAACCCCAGGGAGAAUCAGAGAACUGUAUAAAGUGUCAGCAUUCAAUCUUGCAGAGUACACUCUGAUGUUAACCUCAGGGCUUCCCUUGUCUUAACGCUGUCCACGCAAAAGCCAUCCCAUCUUCCCCACAAGGGUUCCUCAUUGGCGGUGAAUGUUGGAGACCUCAGGAAUCUCUCGCUAGGGAGCUUCUAUUUCUGCAGCACAGCCUUCCCACAAGCUGUGCACUGGGGGGUGGGGAGGUUGCUGUGCCUCAGUUUCUCAAGUAGGAACGAGGAAAACUAGAGAUAGAUGUUUUGUGUGGGAACAGUGGUGGGCACGGAGGCAAAAGAGGCAGUGCCGCGAAAGCUCACUUCCUAGAACACAACAAAAUUUGUAAGUAUUCAAAAAAGGUAUUACUAGCAACAAAACCCUUGGAUACAGGGAGAAAGGAUGAUAAAGGGAUGUGGGGUAACUUUGUUGUGGUACUGCAGUUUUAAAAGCAGAAUCAGGGAUCCAAUCUCUGUCCCAAGCGACACCUCUGCACCUCUAGGAGCCCCCCACAGUGGAGUCUGUGUGCACUGGUCCUGCAGUCCAAGGAGGCCCUGCUGCACCUCCGAGAAGGGUCGCUAGGUUCAGACACCAAGGCCCUGGUGAUUGCCCAGCCCCCGCCCUCUGCGAAGCUAAGAGGGGGCGGAGCCACGCGCAUGUGCACAGCUGGCGCCCCCCUCCCCGCCCCCCGCGCACAGCUGGGACGUGGGCCGGGGACCGGAGGGCUCAGUUGGGAGCCGGCGGUGGACGCGCCCGCCGAGGCCUCCUCCGCUGCUGUUCACGCGUGCCAGCUCCUGUCCGCGCCAUCUGCCAUGGCCGUGCGCCCCACGCGCCGCUGCCUGCUGGCGCUCCUGCUGUGCUUUGCCUGGUGGGCCAUGGCGGUGGUCGCCUCGAAGCAAGGGGCAGGCUGUCCAAGCCGCUGCCUGUGUUUCCGUACCACCGUGCGCUGCAUGCAUCUGUUGCUGGAGGCCGUGCCCGCCGUGGCGCCGCAGACCUCCAUCCUAGAUCUUCGGUUCAACAGAAUCAGAGAGAUCCAACCCGGGGCAUUCAGGAGGCUGAGGAGCCUGAACACACUGCUUCUUAACAACAACCAGAUCAAGAAGAUCCCCAAUGGUGCAUUUGAGGACCUGGAGAACUUAAAAUACCUGUACCUGCACUUUAAUCAGAUAGAAACGCUGGACCCUGAAUCCUUCCAGCACCUGCCAAAGCUGGAGAGACUGUUUUUGCACAACAACCGUAUCACGCACUUAGUUCCUGGGACGUUCAGUCAGUUAGAGUCCAUGAAACGGCUGCGAUUGGACUCGAAUGCACUCCACUGUGACUGUGAAAUCCUAUGGCUAGCGGAUCUACUGAAGACCUACGCCCAAUCUGGAAACGCACAAGCAGCAGCUACAUGCGAGUAUCCCAGACGCAUCCAAGGACGCUCUGUGGCUACCAUCACCCCAGAAGAGCUGAACUGUGAAAGGCCCCGGAUUACCUCAGAGCCACAGGAUGCAGAUGUCACCUCAGGGAACACAGUGUACUUCACCUGCAGAGCUGAGGGCAACCCCAAACCUGAGAUCAUCUGGCUUCGAAACAAUAACGAGUUGAGCAUGAAGACGGACUCUCGCUUAAACUUGCUGGACGAUGGCACGCUGAUGAUUCAGAACACACAGGAGGCGGAUGAGGGUGUCUACCAGUGCAUGGCGAAAAAUGUGGCUGGAGAGGCGAAAACGCAGGAGGUGACCCUCAGGUACUUGGGGUCUCCAGCCCGACCCACUUUUGUAAUCCAGCCGCAGAACACAGAGGUACUGGUGGGUGAGAGUGUCACUCUGGAGUGCAGUGCCACAGGCCACCCUCUGCCUCAGAUCACCUGGACAAGAGGUGACCGCACACCCUUGCCAAUUGACCCUCGAGUGAAUAUCACUCCCUCUGGAGGACUGUAUAUACAGAACGUCGCCCAGAGUGACAGCGGCGAGUACACGUGCUUUGCAUCCAAUAGUGUGGACAGUAUCCAUGCCACAGCCUUCAUCAUUGUACAAGCCCUUCCUCAGUUCACUGUGACCCCACAGAGCCGAGUGGUCAUUGAAGGGCAGACUGUGGAUUUCCAGUGUGCGGCUAAGGGACACCCUCAGCCUGUCAUAGCCUGGACCAAGGGAGGGAGCCAGCUCUCAGUGGACAGGCGGCACCUGGUGCUGUCCUCAGGAACACUCAGGAUUUCUGGGGUGGCCCUGCAUGACCAGGGCCAGUAUGAGUGCCAGGCCGUCAAUAUCAUUGGCUCCCAGAAGGUCGUGGCCCACCUGACAGUACAGCCUAGAGUCACCCCGGUAUUUGCCAGCAUUCCCAGUGACAUGACUGUAGAGGUGGGCACCAACGUGCAGCUGCCUUGUAGCUCCCAGGGAGAACCAGAGCCAGCCAUCACCUGGAACAAGGAUGGUGUUCAGGUAACAGAAAGUGGAAAAUUUCACAUCAGCCCCGAAGGAUUCUUGACCAUCAAUGAUGUUGGCACUGCCGAUGCAGGUCGCUAUGAGUGUGUAGCUCGGAACACAAUUGGAUAUGCCUCUGUGAGCAUGGUACUCAGUGUGAAUGUUCCUGAUGUAAGUCGGAAUGGGGAUCCCUAUGUUGCUACCUCUAUUGUUGAAGCCAUUGCAACUGUUGACAGAGCCAUCAACUCUACAAGGACACACUUGUUUGACAGCCGUCCUCGUUCUCCAAAUGACCUGCUCGCUCUGUUCCGGUACCCACGGGAUCCAUACACAGUGGGACAAGCCAGGGCAGGAGAGAUAUUCGAGCGGACCCUGCAGCUGAUCCAGGAGCAUGUUCAGCAUGGCUUGAUGGUGGACUUGAAUGGAACAAGUUACCACUACAAUGAUCUGGUGUCCCCGCAGUACCUGAGCCUCAUCGCCAACCUGUCAGGCUGCACUGCACACCGCCGCGUGAACAACUGCUCAGACAUGUGCUUCCACCAGAAGUAUAGGACGCACGAUGGCACGUGCAACAAUCUACAGCACCCGAUGUGGGGUGCCUCACUGACCGCCUUUGAGCGCCUGUUGAAGGCUGUGUAUGAGAAUGGGUUCAACACACCCCGGGGCAUUAAUUCCCAGCGUCAGUACAAUGGGCAUGUACUACCCAUGCCCCGCCUGGUGUCCACCACACUGAUUGGGACAGAGGUGAUCACCCCCGAUGAGCAGUUUACACACAUGCUGAUGCAAUGGGGCCAGUUCCUUGACCAUGACCUAGACUCUACAGUGGUAGCCCUGAGCCAGGCCCGCUUCUCUGACGGCCAGCAUUGCAGCUCUGUGUGCAGCAAUGACCCUCCCUGUUUCUCGGUCAUGAUCCCCCCCAAUGAUCCCCGGGUGCGGAGUGGCGCCCGAUGCAUGUUCUUCGUGCGAUCGAGCCCCGUGUGUGGCAGCGGCAUGACGUCCCUGCUCAUGAACUCUGUGUACCCUCGAGAGCAGAUCAACCAGCUCACCUCCUACAUCGAUGCCUCCAAUGUGUACGGCAGCACAGACCACGAAGCCCGCAGCAUCCGGGACCUGGCCAGCCACCGUGGCCUGCUGCGUCAGGGCAUUGUGCAGAGGUCUGGCAAGCCCCUGCUUCCCUUUGCCACCGGGCCACCCACUGAGUGCAUGCGCGAUGAGAACGAGAGCCCGAUACCAUGCUUUCUGGCCGGCGACCACCGUGCCAACGAGCAGCUUGGCCUGACCAGCAUGCAUACGCUGUGGUUCCGGGAGCACAACCGCAUUGCAGCAGAGCUGUUGAAGCUAAACCCGCACUGGGAUGGGGACACUGUCUACCAUGAGACCCGCAAGAUAGUCGGGGCAGAGAUACAGCACAUCACCUACCGGCACUGGCUGCCCAAGAUCCUGGGGGAGGUGGGCAUGAAGAUGCUCGGUGAGUACCGGGGCUACGACCCCAGUGUCAAUGCUGGCAUCUUUAAUGCCUUUGCCACUGCAGCCUUCAGGUUCGGUCACACUCUGAUCAACCCUCUGCUCUACCGGCUGGAUGAGAACUUUGAGCCCAUCCCUCAGGGCCAUGUGCCCCUCCACAAAGCCUUCUUCUCGCCCUUCCGGAUUGUCAACGAGGGGGGCAUCGACCCACUUCUCCGAGGGCUGUUUGGAGUGGCAGGGAAGAUGCGCAUUCCCUCUCAAUUGCUGAACACAGAGCUCACGGAGAGGCUGUUCUCCAUGGCCCACACAGUGGCCCUGGACCUGGCUGCCAUCAAUAUCCAGCGAGGCCGGGACCAUGGCAUCCCACCCUACCAUGACUACAGAGUCUACUGCAACUUGUCGGCUGCUUACACCUUUGAGGACCUGAAAAAUGAGAUCAAGAGCCCUGUGAUCCGGGAGAAACUGCAGAGGCUGUAUGGCUCGACUCUCAACAUUGAUCUGUUCCCAGCCCUCAUGGUAGAAGACCUAGUACCUGGCAGCCGCUUGGGGCCCACACUCAUGUGCCUGCUCAGCACACAGUUCCGACGCCUGCGGGAUGGAGACAGGUUGUGGUAUGAGAACCCAGGCGUGUUCUCCCCCGCCCAGCUGACUCAGCUCAAGCAGACGUCCCUGGCGAGGAUCCUUUGUGACAACUCAGACAACAUCACCCGUGUGCAGCAGGAUGUGUUCAGGGUGGCAGAGUUCCCCCACGGUUAUAGCAGCUGUGAGGACAUCCCCAGGGUGGACCUGCGAGUGUGGCAGGACUGUUGUGAAGAUUGUAGGACCAGGGGACAAUUCAAUGCUUUCUCCUACCAUUUCCGGGGAAGACGGUCUCUAGAAUUUAGCUAUGAGGACGAUAAGCCCACAAAGAGAGCCAGGUGGCGGAAAGCACUAAGUGUAAAGCAUGGCAAACAUCUUAGCAAUGCCACAUCAGCCACCCACGAGCACUUGGAAGGGCCAGCAACUAAUGAUCUCAAGGAAUUUGUUCUGGAAAUGCAAAAGAUCAUCACAGACCUCAGAAAACAGAUAAACAGCUUGGAGUCUCGGCUCAGCACCACAGAAUGUGUGGAUGACAGCGGUGAAUCUCACGGCGGCAACACAAAGUGGAAAAAAGACCCAUGCACAGUUUGUGAGUGCAAAAAUGGCCAGAUCACCUGCUUUGUGGAAGCUUGCCAGCCUGCAGCCUGCCCCCAGCCUGUGAAAGUGGAAGGCGCUUGCUGUCCCGUCUGCUUAAAGAACACUGCAGAGGAAAAGCCUUAGUGUUCCCGAGCUUAGCUCCUCGAAGCUGGUCCACAGAAUACUUGUGAGCCUAGAUGACAACAUGGGGAGCUUCAGACCACAGGACAAGUUGGGAUCUCAGACAUUUCAGGACCUCUGCUGUGCCAUCGCAGAAGCAGCCGGGGCUGCUUCACACCCUGUGUUUGUAGAAGGAAAUUGAGCAGGCGGGAGUGGGUGCAGGCUCUGGCCCUCACUUCAUGUUAGACUUCUCAGGUUUAUAUUUAAGUGUUUUUAAAUGGAAAAUUGGUGCUACUAUUAAAUCACACAGUUGAGACAUGGGUUUCGAAAUUGCUUCGGCCUGAUGAUGCCACUUCUGUUUAAGCGAGGCAGAAGGUCUUUGACAGGCUUCAUUUAAACAGAAGCAUUUGGCAAAUGGAACAGGAUCUUAUAAAAUAAUAUCCUGGGCCAAAAUCCCUACAGGGAUACUAGGGCUUUCUCCCACUGCUCCCUCAUGUCUGCCAUCUUCCCCUUCAGGGCCCUUCAGCGUCUAAUAACAAUACCAACACAAACCUGCACCUUGCGACCAUGUCCACCCUUCUACACAGGACUGUCACAUUAUCAAGCCACAGUUAGAAAUAAUCUUGUUUCCACUUAGAAAAUGUGUAAAUACUGCCUUGCUGUAAAUUGAAUGUGAAAUCCUUUGGUCCUAUGCCAUGUUGAGUGACCCGAAUAGCCCCUUGCAUCGGCAGGAUGGUCUGCAGCCACCACCUGCCUUGGUUCCUGGCCAUGGUGUAGGGAGGGUGAUGGUCUGCAGCCACCACCUGCCUUGGUUCCUGGCCAUGGUGUAGGGAGGGUGAUUCACUCUCCAGGUCCUUUGAAUAGGUGACAGACAGGCAGAGCCUGAAUGUCAGGAAAUUCCAUUGUAUGAAUGCUUUAAAGGAAAACGUUCCCUAUACCUCAUUAUUUUUUAUUGCAUGAUGUUUUAUAAAAAUUUGCCCAUUUUAGAUGUUAGAAAAAUUAUUUCCACUAUGCAAAUUUCUUUUUAAUUCAGUGAAAAGCAACUGUUAUACCUCAUAGUCUCUUGUUUUUAAUUGACCAAAAUAUUCCAUUCUAUUCUCACAAGGUUCUGAGGUCUCUGCCUGAAAAAGCAAGUCUCACCCUAUAGACACUGAUGUGCCCAGCACUACGUGCCAGCCAUUGUGGGAACACAAGAGGGUCACCUGCCCAAGGGCUAGGGAGGAAGACCUCAAGAACACAGAGGAGGUGGAAAAGGACAAAAUAGGUGCCAUUUUAGGGAGACCAUGGUCAGAUAGGGGGAUGCUCAGUUCCUUGCAGCCUCGGGCGGGCUUAUGUUGGCACUAAGGCCAUUGUGGAGUGUACUUAUAUGAUCCCUAUGCUGAUAGGAUUACCUUCCUAGACAUAGCUAGACGCAAAGCCACAUGUGUAAGGCUGCUGAGCAAAGACAGCAUCCCAGCAUGGGUGUGUUCACGGUGGAUUCACCACGUUGCAUAUGUAAAGUGGUCCCCUUGGCUUACCCUUCACUUUGCUCAUGAGAUUCAGAAGCUGGUGGUCCAGCAGGGGUGAGCAUUUGUGAAAUAGUAAGCUGAACUUAGUGGUGAGAUUUCAGAACAGACUUCUGUGAAGUAAGAGAUGUAACCAUGCAUCUAAAAUCAGAUGGCCGUGUAACUGCUCGGGCAUAGAAAUGGUGGGAGAACCUGUCCUGGGUACCUGGCAUUUCACAUGAGCCCAGGGAUAUGUCUUGUGCCAAGGCACACAAGUGUCCAUGGACUUGGACAGGUGCCAAGGGUUUUUGUCUCUGUUCCUAUGUGGGAGGCUGGCUGUGAUUUACAUUAAUUUCUGUAUUUCAAACGAAGAUGUCUGCAGAUCUCCAUUUUGAUGUUACAGCCUCAUUGCCCAGGCAGUGGGCAGUGCCCAGACACCCUUUCUGACUAGCCACUGCAUUGGGCUUCUGUGAUUCAAAGUAGUGUAUAUAUUUAUUUACUUCUCUGACUGUGGCCAACAGCCAAAUGCCAUUUUAUGUUCCUUGUAUUCAGUCCAUUACCAAAGAGGUGUUUGCACUUUGUAAUGAUACCUUUCAGUUCAAAUAAAAGGACCACAUCGUUAAGUGGA